AUGAACACCAGCGAGAUUGAAGCGCUUAGACAAAAUGCCAGAAAUUUUCUGACCGAUGCGCAGGAACUCUGUCAGCAAUCAGACACGAAAUUAAUGAACUUAAAGUUGAAAAUUCAGAAUGAACAGAAGCACCGAACGAAACUGCAAUUUAUCAUUACGGGAAUCAAAUGCCAAGUGGAAUUUUUGCUGAACAAUAUUUUGGUUAAAGAAAUUGGGGAAAAUCUCAUAGAGCAUGAAUGGUGUGAGAAUGUGCUUGGAGAUUUAGUUCAAGAAAUGGAAUUUUGGCAUAAUGCCAUAUACAAGAAAAUUGAGCAUUUAGGGAAAGUGCCAAAUGUUCUUGCUGGUGGUAAAUCAUUUCUGGGUGAUUACGUCGCACAGGAGAGUAAUGGCAUGCUAAGGGAUAAACUCAGUGAAAUCCCGGUCAUUAAGGCACAGGUCGAAAAUAUACGAAAACAGUACGACUUAAUGGUCCAUAAAGUCAGAAAUCAGCUGUUGGAUACAAAAGUAAGGGGAACAAUCGGGGAUUUUAAUGUUUGCUACAGUGCAGAGUCUAAAAAUUCAGCUACUCUAGAUCAUGCGUUUCCGGACGAAAAAGAACGAAUGGAGAAGGAACUUGUUAGUUUCCUGAACUCUUUUACAGAUCAUUUCGACAAAUGCAAUUUACUUUGCGAGGAUUUACCUGCUGUUGACAGUAUAGCUCUUUUUGAAAUAGUGAAAAGGGACGACAGCGAGUUGGCGUCCAUAUACGAACUUCUAGAAGAGACUGCUAGCGAAGUAAGCAGUCUGUAUGAUGAGAUUAUGUCAAUUUUACAAGAGAGGGAGGAAGGUCGGCAUAGGUUAAUGACCUCUACAUCAAAGCUUUUUCAAGAGUCACGCAAACACGAAGAAUACUUGUCCGUUUUCAAAGGUAUUUCGGAUUUAGUGCAACGAUUCAAAGAUACUUGCAUGGAAGAACUUCAGCAAGUUAUAGAGUUGAAUACAUUUUAUGAUAAAUUCGAGAAAAGUUACGCGAAUCUCUUGAACGAGGUAAAUCGUCGGAAACAAGUUUCACACAAAUUGUCUAAGAUUCUUAAGUCAUGCGAGGAUGCUCUUCAAGAGGUGAAUGCUAAAGACAUCAAUGCCCGUCAAACUUUCCUGUCUGAAAAUGGCCAAUACUUGCCAGAAACCAUAUGGCAAGACAAGAUAGAUGAUAUGAAACCACUAUAUUCCAUGCACUAUGAAGUGCGGGACUAUGACAAGUAUUUACAAGAGUAA